AUGACAAUGGCGCCUCCAAGGCUGGAAAAGGGUGUUGUGGUGUUAGAUAAGCCAGUAAUAGAGAAAACUACUCCUGGAAGAGAGUCUGAGUUUGACUUGAGGAAAUCAAGGAAAAUGGCACCACCAUAUAGAGUGAUGCUACACAAUGAAAACUACAACAAGAGGGAAUAUGUUGUGCAAGUGUUGAUGAAGUUAACUAGAAUUGGUCGAGAUGCAGUUUUAUAUGUUGAGUCACUCAUUGAGUCAAUCAUGGGAGGAUUUGAAGGGCUAAUCAACAUUCUUGAUUCUGAAGGAGCUUCUACCAGAAGUCAGCUGAAACUACAAAUGGCUUUUGAUGGGCAGGAAAGAUAUAUGAAGAGAUCUUGGGAGCCAAGUGAUAAAGCUGAUCUUCACUUUGUCUACAAAGAUGUUGAAGGAGUAUCAACUCAAUGGGAUGAUAUUCAAAGAAAACUCAGGAACUUACCUCCUAAACCCUCUGCCUUCAAACCGAUCCCUUCACUCCUGCAGAAGACGAAGAUUCCAAACCUAAAACCAAAUCUCGAAUCGAUAAAAAGACAGAAAAACUCAAAGAUUUAG